UUGACAGCACAUAACAUUCUCCGCUAACGUGGAUAAAAAGUGCUGCUGGUUCACAGCAGGAGUGGCAGCUUCAUGACGCGUAAAGGCGCCCCUCCCCCUGUCAACCAUCGAGGAGGAAAAACUUUCUCUCCUCUCACUUUUAACUUUCCUUAUGUUGCCGCUGCCACAGUAAGGGGAUCAAAAGAAGCAGAGAAGUCUGGACAUGAAAACCUUCAGCGAGUAGAGGAAAAGAAAUAAUAAAAAAAAAAAAGACUCCUUAGCUUAUUAUACGUGAUUUAUCUCCAGAGCGCGCGGCAUCAUGAAGCCGCUGCUGCGCUUCAGCUUCUCUCCAUGGACUAUCUUGGUCUUUUGCGCUCUCCUCCAGAACAUUCACUCACAGAAUGAAGGAACCACCACCACAAUAGCCUCAACUACCACCACAGCAGCGGCAACUUCAACCACAACAACUGAAACUACAACCACAACAACUGCAACUACAACCACAACAACUGCAACUACAACUAGUACAGCUCAACCAACUACGAAUAGGGGACCUGAAGAAGUGUUGAAUCUCACAGUGUCAGAGAUCACAACAUCCUCUGUGAAAGUGAGCUGGAGCCCAACAGCGGAUUCCCACUACAGAUUAUACUGGACCGAUGGAAAUGAUGUCAGAAAUAAGACUGUGAAUAAAACCAUAGAAAUCAUCACAGCUCUAAAUUCUGGGACCCUGUAUACCAUAAAUGUAACUGCAGUUGCGUCUCAUGAUCAUAAAGAAGGAAAGCAUGCCACUAAGGAAAUCUAUACAAAACCUGAAGCAGUCGUCGGUCUUAAUGUCACUGGUGUGACAACCACCUCUGUGUCUCUGAACUGGAAUAUACAACCAGCGGGUGAAUCGCUGGUUUUUAGAGUAAAGUGGAAAACUGAAACCUUGAAUAGAACUGAGACACAUGUGACCAUUAAUGAGCUGAAUCCUGGGGAGCAUUACUGUUUUAAUGUCACAGCAGUAGCUGGAGGAAUAAUGGAAAGUGAUCAGAGCAUGGUGUGUCAGUUUACAAAACCAGAGAUUGUCCGCAAUCUUUCUGUGACUGAAGUCACAACUGACUCAAUAUCUCUGAAAUGGACUAAACCUUUGGGAAGCAGCUCCUUCUAUAAAGUAGAGUUGAUUAAUGGGAAUAAGACGCUGAAAUCAGCUGAAACAGAACUUACUAUUACUAACCUGACUGCUGGUACAAAAUAUGACAUAAAUGUCACUGCUGUAGCUGCUGAUAAUCGUACUGAAGGAGCCAGUGUCUUUGUAUCUUCCUACACAAAACCAGAGAUGGUCCGCAAUCUUUCUGUGACUGAAGUCGCUACUGACUCUAUAUCUCUGAAAUGGACUAAACCAGAGAUGGUCCGCAAUCUUACUGUGACUGAAGUCACUACUGACUCUAUAUCUCUAAAAUGGACUAAACCUUUGGGAAGCAGCUCCUUUUAUAAAGUAGAGUGGAUUAAUGGGAAUAAGACGCUGAAUUCAACUGAAACAGAACUUACUAUCACUAACCUGACUGCUGGUACAAAGUAUGAAAUAAAUGUCACUGCUGUAGCUGCUGAUUAUCAUACUGAAGGAGCCAGUGUCUUUGUAUUUUCCUACACAAAACCAGAGAUGGUCCGCAAUCUUACUGUGACUGAAGUCACUACUGACUCUAUAUCUCUGAGCUGGACUGAACCUUUGGGAAGCAGCUCCUUCUAUAAAGUAGAGUGGAUUGAUGGGAAUAAGACGUUGAAUUCAGCUGAAACAGAACUUACUAUUACUAACCUGACUGCUGGUACAAAGUAUGACAUAAAUGUCACUGCUGUAGCUGCUGAUAAUCGUACUCAAGGAUCCAUUGCCUCUGUAUCCCGCUACACAAGGCCUGUAAAACCUGAGAACCUGACGACUGGACCAAUACAUGUUAACCACAUAACCAUCCGCUGGACAUUGCCUAAAGGAAGAGUUGACAAAUAUAUAGUGGACAUCUCAAAUGGAGACACAGGCUAUAAAAAGUCCAAGGAAACAAAUACCACAGUAGAAACUUUCUCUGAUUUAGACCCUGGAAGAGUCUUUAUUAUCACAGUCACUUCUGUAGCUGGAGACUUCAACAAUACCUCUGACCAGUUGCCAGUUGCCACAUAUCCUACACCCCCUCAGGAAGCAAAUAUCAGCAAAACAAACUCUUCUUUGAUGUUGAAGUGGUUGCCUCCAAAAAAUAUGGAUAAUGCUCCUGGCAUUAGCUAUUUAAUCACCUACCAGGCUUCAGAAGUUGAUAAGAAUGAAAUCAAUCAGAGCUCCACAGAGAAGAAUAUUGAUGGUCUUCAGUCUGGAACCUUAUACAUCAUAAACUUAACAACCAUUGGACCAGAAGAGCGAAAAAGCAUACCUGUCAUUCUUUCUGCUUAUACUUUGCCUAACCCAGUGCAGAAUGCAAUGGCCAGACCCAUUAAUACAACCUCCAUAAGGGUGACCUGGUCCCACCCAGACGGCUUAAAGGAUUACUAUCUUUACUCAGUAGAGACCUGUGAAAGCUCGGGAAAUUGCACUGAUAUAGGGAAUACCACAAACACCAGUUAUGAUGUUUUUGGUCUGGAGCCAGGUUCCAAUUACAACAUCAGCAUCAGAACAAUUGUUGACUCAGAUUCUGAAUCUUCUCCAGUGGAGGUGUCCAGUUACACAAUGCCAAAAGCUGUGACCAACCUGAAUGCAAGCUUUGUGAACACCACGUUCAUCCAGCUGACAUGGACCAGGCAAACAGAUCACAAGGCUUCCUACUCCUAUCUGGUUGAAGCAUUUCAUGACAGCGGACUAGUUUCCAAUUACUCGACACCUAUUGAGGCCUUCCCCUUCGACAAUCUGACCCCUGGAACCAACUACACAUUUAAAGUAUACACAGUUCAGGAAGAGGUCAAAUCCACACCAGCAAGCAUUUCAGAUACUACAAUUCCCGGGAUGGUCACAGACAUGUCAGCCAUAGGAACCACCAACAGCAUGUCAGUGAACUGGAUAAAACCACAUGGAGGAGUUUCAUUCUACAUUAUAGAACUUUACAAUGAAAAAGCCUUAGUGGACAAGGCAGAGGAGAAUGAGACUCAACACCCUUUUCCUAAUUUAAAACCAGGAGUGAUUUACGAUGUUAAGGUGAUAACAAAAAGUGGAUCUAAGGAGAGUAAAGAAGCAAUAGUUUCCAAUGCAACUUUUCCUAACCCCCCUGGCACCAUCAUGGUGGACUCCAAGGGCAUCAACUUCAUCAACCUGACCUGGUCGCUUCCAGCUGACAUGGACCAUGCUCAGUACAACUUCACUGUGACCUCUCUCAGUGGAUCCCACUCAACUUCAAACAACUGGUUUGAACUGGAAAACCUUGCAUCAGGAACCAUUUACGAAGUGUCUGUGGUUACUGUUGGUGUAAUGGGUUAUGAGAGUACUGCACAGACGACACAAAACUAUACAAAGCCACAUGCAGUGACAGAUCUGAAGGCAGCAGAGAUCACCACUAGUUUAGUGACACUGAUGUGGAAUCAGCCUGAGAGCGAAAAAAACUAUUCUUAUGAAGUGCAGGCUGAUAGUGUUGUCCUUCCUUCAAAAAUGGUGAACAUUACAUUGAAAAAGAAUUACACAUUUGGAAAUCUUGAGUCUGCGAGGAACUACAGCUUUACUGUGACAACACUCACACCAGAUGACACCCGGGCAGAGUCUGUGACAAUUUCCAAAUAUACAAGACCUUUAAGUAUCACAAAUUUAACGGCUAAAACCAUAAACACAACUGCUAUUCAACUACGUUGGGAAACACCAUAUGAGAACAGAAAUGACCUAGAAUAUUUGGUGGAGACGACAGGCUGUGGAGACCAAAAUAUUACAUCAAAAGAAAUAAGCUUAGAAGUCACAGCGCUUGCCCAUGGAACCCGCUGCAAUUUCUGUGUUUCUAUCGUGGCACCUGAUGGCAUUAAAGGGGAAAGAAAUUGCAUUUCUCAGUACACCAAACCUUUAAAUAUCACCAAUUUUAAAGCUUUAACCUUAAACACAACUGCUGUUCACCUUACCUGGGAAACACCAUAUGAGAACAGGCCCGACCUAGAAUAUUUGGUGCAGACGACGGGCUGUGGAAACCAAACCAUUCAAUCACCAGUAGUAAACAAAACCUUCUCAAACCUCACCCCUGGAACCGAAUGCACUUUCUGUGUUACUAUCAUGACACCGACUGACAUUAGAGGAGACGAAAUCUGCACCUCUCAGUACACCAAACCUGAGAAAGCACAUCUCACCAUCCUCAAUGAGGGAUCCAACAAUUCCCUCCUGGUAGUAUGGACCAAACCCACAGGAAAUGUGGAGCAUUACGAGCUUAUCCUAAACAGCUCUUCUACAGUGUAUCCUACAAAAUGGCUCAACUCUACCAACACAUCCUUCCUGUAUACCAACCUGUCAGCCGCAGUGCUUUACAAGGCGGAAUUGUUAUCAUGCAGUGGAAAAUUCUGUCAACCUUCUCAAACGGUUACAAAUGCAACUUACCCAACUCCUCCGGGGCCAAUUGAAAUCCUGAGGACAACAACUAACUCUGUUGAAAUGCGUUGGGGAGAAGCACCUAUGAUGAGUCUGGAAUCCAACUACAGUUACAAGCUGACCUACAACUCCUCUCAGCCAGAUAUAAUAGUGUCUUCUGCCAAGACGAAUUACACUUUAUCCCAGCUGCUGUCUGGGACCUCCUACAACAUUUCUGUGAAAACUGUGGGACCGCUGGGUUUUGAGAGUGAAUCUGUUUACAGAAACAUGGUUACCACAAAACCCUACAAUGUGAUAUCUCUCAGCACCAUCACUGAAGAGAAGAGUAUUAAUGUAAGCUGGAAAAAACCUGACGAGUAUAAGGACACCUAUUUCUUUUUUCUGACCUGGCAAAGCUCUGAUGGGACUGUUAAAAAUAUCACCAUCACUGAUGAUAAAUAUAAAAUCACUGAACUCACGCCUGGUACUGAAUACAAUAUAACCGUGAGCACAAGGACCUCCGAUGGAGCACAGUCUGCCACAGAAGAAAUUUCCAACUGCACAAAUGCAAGCCCUGUGAAGAAUUUAAGAUGUGAAAGAGCAACACCUGGAAAAGCAGAAAUCACUCUGAACUGGACCAAGCCUGAUGGAAUGAGCUCUGGCUUCCAGUUAACCAUAUCCAACAGUUCUCAAAACCGCCACUCGAGUGACAACUGCUGCUCUCACGUCUUUGCAAAUCUUGCUCACUACUCUAAUUAUACCUUAACUGUGGAGAGUCAGAGCUGUGGAAAACCCAGCACUCCUAAGUCUAUUGAAUGUUCCACAGGCGUUGGAAAGCCACCCAUUCAAAAGGACUUUUUGACACAUGUAACCACAAGUAAAACUCACAAUACAUUCACGCUUCGCAUCAGCUCCCAACAUAUGGACAACACUAUGGGACCAGUGACACAUGUUGGGGUUAUUGUUACAAGUGAUGAUAAGGACAUCCAAUCUAAUCUUGAAAAUUACUUGGGGAAGACGUACGAACAGUGGAGAUCCAAGUCGACCCAAGCAUACCUGGCUACAGUAGCAAAUUACAACCUACAGACACGCAGCAGUAGUGACCUGGAACUCCUAGUAGGAACCGACUCGAAGUGGGAGAACUAUCAUAAUGGUUUACUGGAUCCAAGCGGAACUUACAGAUAUGCUGUUGUGAUUUUCACCCAUCUGGUCACGGAUUCAGGACUUAUUGAUAGUACCAAAUCAGUGGUUUCUAUUACACAAUUCUCUGAGGUCGUUGCUCUUAACAAAGACCCAGUCACCACUGGAAUCGCUAUUGGAGUAACAUUGGGAAUCUUUGGAUUUCUCUUUAUCAUCCUCAUUGGUUUUGUCAUCUAUUGGAGAAGGUUGUCUCGUAAGGAGUCUCCUGACAUCCAGAUUCUAACAAUGGGGGGUAAAGUAAGUGUUGCUGUGAGGGUGGAGGACUUUGAAGCUUACUAUAAGAAGCAGAGAGCGGACUCCAGCUGUGGCUUUGCUGAAGAAUUUGAGGACCUAAGGCCUGUUGGUACUAGUCAGGCUAAGGUGCAUGCCCUGGAUCCGGAGAACAAGCCUAAAAAUCGCUACAACAACGUGCUUCCUUAUGACUCCUCAAGGGUGAAACUCUCUGUUGUCCAUGGAAGUCCAAAUGAAGAUUACAUCAAUGCUAACUAUAUGCCGGGUUAUCUCUCCCGGAAGGAAUACAUCGCAGCUCAGGGACCUUUACCCGCAACAGUCAACGAGUUUUGGAGGAUGAUCUGGGAGAAGAACGUGCAGACUCUGGUCAUGCUUACACGCUGUAAUGAACAAGGAAGGGUUAAAUGUGAGCAGUACUGGAGUCCUGGGACCAAAUACUGUGAAGACAUCAUUGUGACAACAACAUCUGAAAUCCCACUUGAAGACUGGACCAUCAGGGACUUUGACAUAAAAAAUGUGAAAACAGCAGAAGUCCGCUCAGUCCGUCACUUCCAUUUCACCGCUUGGCCGGAUCACGGUGUUCCAGAAACCACAGAGCUUCUGAUCAGCUUCAGACAUUUGGUCCGAGAGCAUAUGAACCAGUACUCCAGAAAUUCCCCCACAGUGGUUCACUGCAGCGCUGGUGUUGGACGCACAGGCACCUUCAUAGCCAUUGAUCGUUUGAUAUUCCAGAUUGAAAGGGAAAAUAUUGUAGACGUGUACGGCAUUGUUCACGAUCUGCGAAUGCACCGACCCCUCAUGGUGCAGACAGAGGACCAGUAUGUUUUCUUAAACCAGUGUGCCUUGGACAUCAUCCGUGCAAGAACAGGGAACAACGUGGAUCUGAUCUACCAGAACACAGCCGCCAUCUCAAUUUAUGAGAACGUAGAACCAAAAUCAGGAUAUUAGACUGCUCUUUUUGAGUUUGAUUU